AUGGCGUCCCGAUGCCUUCCUCAUUCAACGGCGAUUGAUAGGGGCGCCUCAAAAUUCGUCUCCCUCGCCCCUGUUGCAGCACCUGGUUCAGCACGUGGGGCUGCGUACUGCCCUUUCCCCCAGCUGAUGUUCCCCUCCUCCAUUUCCUUAUCCCCCCGCCCUCCCUCCAGCACCUGGCACGUGGGGCUGCACACGUGGCCGUCAGCAGUGGUGUUGGCAGAAUACCUGUGGCAGCACCGGGGGGUGAUACAGGGGAGGAGUGUUAUCGAGCUAGGGGCGGGAACAGGCCUGUGUGGGAUUCUCUGUGCCAAGCUUGGCGCACAAGUCACUCUCACAGACGCCCACUCGCAGACCCAGGUUCUCUCCAGCCUGCAUCAAGUAGCAGAGCUGAAUGGGUUCUCCUGUAGGGGAGUGGAGGCCUGUUCAGCAUCAGGAAAAGAAUCUGGGGAAUAUCGGGAGCGUGUUGAAUCAGGGAAACUUGGGGAAUUUGAACAAGCAUCCUCACUGCCUGAUGGGGGUGUGAGCGUGGAGCCACUCACCUGGGGCGACAUGUCUCACCAGGUCUUUCAGCUGCCCCCUGCUGACGUCAUUAUAGGAGCAGACGUGCUCUAUGAUGCUUCAGCCUUUGACCCUCUCCUCUCCACGGUGCAUCUUCUCCUAGGGUUGAAACGAGGCUCAGUCUUCAUUACAGCCUAUCAAGCACGCAGCACGCAUGCCUCUCUGCACCUACUCAUGCAGUCAUGGGGCCUAACAUGUAUCCACAUGGUAUCAGCAGACGAGUUCAUGCCGUCCAAUAAGCUCGCGACUCUUGGCGGGAGCGAGAUCUAUGUUGCUGUAAUUGCUACAGUGGCUGAUUCGUAA